AUGGACGAUUUAAAAGCAAUUCGACAAAUUAAAGAUAUGGUGGUGGGUGGUACUGACACGACCUCCAAUACAAUUGAGUUCGCCAUGGCUGAGAUGAUGAACAAGCCAGAAGUGAUGAGAAAAGUGCAAAAAGAACUGGAGACUGUAGUUGGCAAAGAUAACAUAGUGGAAGAAUCUCAUACUUGUAACUUACCUUACUUACAUGCUGUGAUGAAAGAGGUUUUGCGUCUACAUCCAGCCCUCCCACUCCUGGUGCCUCACUGCCCCUGUGAGACCUGCAUUGUUGGAGGCUAUACAAUUCCAAAAGGUGCUCGAGUUUUCGUCAAUGUCUGGGCAGUACACAGGGAUCCUGCGAUAUGGCAAAACCCGUUGGAGUUUCGUCCUGAGAGGUUUUUGGAUGGUAAAUGGGAUUACAGUGGAAAUGACUUCAAUUAUUUCCCAUUUGGGUCUGGGAGAAGAAUUUGUGCGGGGACUGCAAUGGCUGAGAGGAUGUUCUUGUUUUCACUUGCUUCACUUGUUCAUUCUUUUGAUUGGAAACUGCCCGAAGGCGAUAAAUUAGACUUAUCGGAGAAAUUUGGGAUAGUCUUGAAGAAAAGGGUACCUCUCGUUGCGAUUCCAACGCCACGGUUAUCUAAUUCUGGACUAUACGAGUAG